AUGGCCUCGGACGCCCCAUCCCUCUCGGACGCGAUCGCCACCGACUUCCUGACCUGCCCCAUCUGCCUGGAGCAGCUGCGCCGGCCCAAGAUCCUGCCCUGCCUGCACACCUACUGCCAGGGCUGCCUGGAGGGGCUGCUGGGCGACGGGCCGGGGCUGCGGUGCCCCGAGUGCCGGGAGGACGUGUCCCUGCCGCAGGGAGUGACCGGCCUCAAGACCAACUUCUUUGUCAACGGGCUGCUGGAGCUGGUGCGGCCGGUGGGUGAGGUGGGGCUGACCUGCGCCCUGUGCCCGCUGAUCGGGCAGGAGGGCGGCCGCCCAGCCGUCUCCCACUGCCUGGACUGUGCCGACAGCCUGUGCCAGGCCUGCGCUGCCGGGCACCGCUGCUCCCGGCUCACCCACGCCCACCGGCUGGUGAGCCUGCAGGGCUACCUCUCCGGGGAAUACGACGAGGAGAUCCGGCAGCGCCAGGCCGUGCGGUGCCCCGAGCACCCGGCCGAGGAGCUGCGCUUCCUCUGCCGGCCCUGCGCCGGCCCCAUCUGCCGGGAGUGCCGGCUGGGCCCGCACCUGGAGCACCCCUGUGAGACGCUGGAGGAGGCGGCCGAGGCCCGGCGGCCCCUGGUAGCCGAGCUGCUGGCCGGCGUGGAGGAGACGGGGGGGCGGGUGGCCCAGGGGCGGGCGGCGCUGGAGGAGGAGCUGGAGCAGCUGCAGCGGCACGAAGCCGGCCUGCGGGACGUGGUGAAGCGCGCCUGCGCUGACGCGGCCCAGCGCCUGCUGGCCCAGCAGGAGGAGGUGCUGGCCGCCCUGCGGCGUCACGUGGAAGGGCGCGAGAAGGUGGCCGGCCUGCUCCGGACCGAGCUGGAGCUGCAGGAGCAGCUGGCCCGCAGCACGGCCGACGUCGCCCGCAAGGUACUGGCCCUGGGCCGGCCAGUGGAGAUCGUCUCGCUGGAGGCCUUGAUCACCCAGCGGCUCAGCCGGCUCCAGGGCUUCCGCUGGGAGCCGCUUGGGGGGCCGCGCCCCCGGCUGGUCGUCCGCGCCGAUCUCCAGAACCUGAGCAGCCUCUUCCAGCUGGACCUGGGCGAGGCCGAGCUGGAGGGCCGAGGGGAGGACAGGGCCCAGCAUGACCCCCCUUCCCCGGAGCCGCCGGCCCCUUCCCCGGAGCCACUGGCCUCUGCCCUGGGGCCGCCGGCCGCUGCCCUGGAGCUGCCGGCCCCUGCCGCAGAUCCACCGUCGUGCCGGCCGCCCCCCACCGCCCGCUUCUCCUGCAGCUUCUCGGUGCGGGUCCCCGGGGACAAGCAUCGGCCCCGGAUCACGGGGCUUUGCCCCCUGGGCCCCAGGGAGCUGCUCCUGGCCGACGAGGAGAACUGCAGCCUCAAGCGCUUCUCACUGCAGGGGGACUUCCGGGGCGCCGUCCCGGUGCACGGCGGCGCGGCCCCCUGCAGCGUGGCGGCUGUGGGCAGCCGGGUGGCCUACACCGCCGGGUCCCGGCUCUACCUGGCGGAGCGGGACGGCGCCCUGGUCUGGCAGAAGGCCCUGCGCCCCACCCAGGCCAGCCAUGCCAUCACGCCGGCGGCGGAGGGGGGUGACGCCGUGGCGGUGAGCGUGGCGGGGCACCUGGAGGUCUAUGACGCUCGGGGGGAGCUGGUGGAGAAGAUUUUCCCGGACGGGCACGACCGUCUGGCCAUGGUGUUCGUGGCCGGGCGGCGUGGGCGCUACGUGGCCUCGGACUGGCACCGGCGCAGCGUGGUGGCGUUUGACGGGCAUGGGCAGCUGCUGGCGGAGCUGGGCGAGGAGCGGCUGGAGCGGUGCCAGCCAGGGGCUGUCUGCGCCGACGACAGGGGCCAUUUCUACGUGGCCCUGCGGGAGCUGAACAAGGUGAUGGCGUUCGGCCCGGGCGGGGAGGCGCUGGGGCCCUUCCUCACCACCCGGCACGGCAUCGAGAGAGCCCGGGUGGCCACCGUCACCGGGGACGGGCACUUCGCCGUGGCACUGAGCAACGGCACCGUCCACGUCUUCCACAUCCAGUACCCGGGUCAGUGA